AUGAAUGAAAGGGAAUCACGUACAUCUUAUAGAGCAUUCUCUUCAAAUCCUACUUCUGCACCUUAAAAUGCUUAUGCUACAGCACUUAAGUCAUUAUAAAACAAAUUAAAGGGAGUUGAAGAAUUUAAAAAAUCUAUUGAUAAUCCUUCUAAUUGCCUAAUUGAUUAACUCAAAAAAUAAAUAAAUGAUUUGUAAAAUGAAAAUGAAAAAUUGUAAUUUUUAUUAAUGAAAACUAAUCAAGAAAAUUAGAUGAAUUUUGUCGCAUCAUAAUAAAUUGAAGUUUUAUAAGCUGAAAGAUUAUAACAUCUUAAAGAUUAUUAAGAUAGAGUUAGUGAUUUAAUCAGAAAAAAUGAAGAAUUAAAACAUGAAAAACAUGAUAUUUAAAUUGCAUUUGACAUUUUACAAAGAUAAUUAUAAGCAUAUAAAUCUAAUGAAAAAGGAUUUUUACAUAAAGUUGAACUUAAAAAAUUUGAAGAAAAUGCUUCUCUUUUAACAAGUGUUUAAGAUCUUAAAAUCAAACUUGAUUUAAAGGAUUAAUAACUUAAAAAAAUAGAAAAAAAAAUUGAAUUUUUAGAAAAUGAAAAAGAAUAGGUUCUUCAAGAAUUUUCUAAUUAUAAAUCUAAAUAUCCUCCAAUGAAAUUACAUGAUUUCGAAAAACAAAUUCAUGCAUUAAAAAUUUAAUUAGAUGAAAAAGAUAAGCAACAUUCUAGAUAUAUUGAUGAUAUUGAAAAUAAUAAAAAUAUUAGAGAAGAAUAAUUAAAUAAAAAAAUCUAAGAUUUAAAUAGUAAAUGUAAUGAAUAUUAAUAAAUUAUUGAACAACUAAAUUAAGAUUAUAAAGAUUUAAGUCUGAGAUACCAGUAAGUUAAAAUUAAAUUAGAUUAUGAAGAAAGAUAGCAUAGAUAUAUUAGUAGAAAGUUUAGUUAAGGGGAAACUGAAAUUAAAUAAGAUUAUAAAGAAUAGAAAACUAUAACUAAAUUAAAUAUAGAUUAAAUGCCUUCUCCUCUAACAAGUCCAAGAUUAGAUCAUAAUAGCUUGAGAUAAAAUUCAUUAAAAUAAGCUAUAAAAGAAUGUUUGGAAGACAUGUAAAACACUUCUAAUUUUAAAUUUUGUAGUUCAGAUAAAAAAACUGAAAAUAAAAAGUAGUAAUUGUUAUCACCUUUUUAAAACUCUCGUUAAGAAGAAAUUGAAACAAAACUCAAAGGACUUAAUCAAAAAUAUGAGAAUUUAAUUUGGUAAGCUUAAAAAGAAAAUGAUUUAAAUUAAAAAGCUUUGAUUAGAAAGUAAUUACUAGAAAUAGCAGAAUAAAUAAAAGAAACUAGUAAGUUUGAAAAAACAUGA